AUGACAGGCGGUGCCUGCCAGCCAGAUGGUAUGGAUGGAGGACUUAGAUAGAACGCUUUUACUGGAAUGAUAGACCAGUUUAUUAAUUCUUCAGCAAUGGGAAAACCUAACUUCUAAACUGAGAUGAAUUCUAUUUGGGAUUAAUCUAUGACGUAGUCCACGCAACCACAAUUUGAGAAUCAGUAGGACCAAUAAAUUCCAGGAAUGAUGGGAGCUUUCCAUCAACCUUGGAUGAAUCCAAUGAUGUCAACACCACUAUAUCAGAAUCCAAUGAUGCAAUAAAGAUAGUUCCAAUAGCAGCCAGGUGAGACUUAGAUUGAUACCUCAACCAACAAAGAACCAGUCCUGAUAGAUGAAUUCCCUCCUUAAAAUGAAGAGAAUCUGAUUAAAAAUGAGAUUAAAGCAACCACUAGUAAUAUUGUUAUGACUCUUGAAUCCUCUGAAAAUCCAAAGCACAGAAAUAGUAAAUUCCUUAAGUUUUUGAAGAAGCUUGAGCAUGGAGCAUACACCAUUGAAAAUGAAUAGCUAGUUAAGGUUCCAGAAAAACUAGAAGAAUUUAAGAAAUUGGAUCAAGAAAGAUAGCAGCAAGAAGCUUAAAGAACGUAAGAAGAGAGCAAGGGUGAAUAGAUAGACACUAAGACUGAUUUGUUCAAGAAACUUUGGAACAGUGAAGAAGAAGUCACUGACGAUUAAUUUGACCAAAUGAUGAAUUAAUGGGAUGAAGAAGGAUAAGAUGAAAAGUUCAACGAACUAUUUAUGGAGGAGUGGGGUAAAUAAUGGCAGCAAGAAGAACCAGCUUAGGUUGAUGUGAUUCCUUUUGAAGCGAAUAACAAGUAUUCAGAAAUGGAAAACACACUUAAGUUAGCAAAGCAAUUAGUUGAGGAUGGAAAGACCUAAGAAGCAAUAUUCUGUUUAUAAGCUGAGGUUUAGAAAAACGCUGAGAAUGCAGAGGCAUGGAGGUUGAUGGGUCAGCUCUAUCAAGAAAAUGAUUAAGAUGAUUAUGCUAUUCUUGCUUUUAAAAAGGCAUAUGAGAUAGAUCCAUACGAUUUAGACUCUCUAUUAUGUUUAGGUAUUAGUUGCACUAAUGAGCUUGAGCAAAAAGAAGCAACAAGACAUUUGCAUAGUUAUCUUAAAUAUCAUCCUGAGUACAGCGUAUUGCCCGGUAUUCAAGCUGAUGAUCUUGAUUUCGAUAAUUUGAGAGAAGCUUAUGUCAGAGCAUUUUAAAUGAAUCCUAAAGAUUCUAAUCUCUGCCUUGCCAUGGGAGUCUUAUGCUUCAUUUAGAGAAAUUUUGCAGAAGCUGUAACUCAUUUCUAAAAUGGUAUUCGUGAGAACCCUACAGAUCAUACUCUUUGGAACAAAUAUGGAGCAGCUCUAGCUAAUAAUCAUGAUAUUGAGAGAGCAAUUAAGACAUAUCAUCAGGCGAUUGACCUUAGACCAAAUUAUGUUAGAACUUUAGCAAAUAUUGGACUAGCUCAUCGUAAUCAAGCAAGAUUCCCAGAAUCUAUUCCAUACUUCCUUAAUGCAUUGCUCCUUAAUCCUCAAGCAAAACAUAUUUGGAGAUAUAUCAGAUCUUCGUUCCUUUAAAUGAAUCGUCUUGAUUUAGUGGAGAAGAUGAACUUUAAUGAUCCAAAUCUAUUCAGAGAUGAAUUCCCAUUAAUUUAGCCAGAGAACCUGCCAAAGCCCAACUUAGAGAGACUCUAUGAUAAUGAGAUAUGGAACUAAUGA